UCUCGCGUUCUUUGCCGUUCAAAACGCAUGGGUCUUGUCUCAGGCGUGUGAAACAGGGCAAUGUCUGCCGAUACAUUUGUGUCUGAUGGGAAAGUAUAUUGAAGCUGCAAAGCAACAGGAUGUGCGCGUAGCAGUACGUUUGGAAGAACCGAGUGAGUGCGAUGAUCCUUUGCAGGUAUGCUGUGACAUCGAUACAUCCAGAAAGAAUCUAACAAGUGAGGCAGUUUCGAUUGAACCCGCUUGCGGUAUUCGUAAUUCCAUGGGAUUGGUUUACAACGUAGAAUCCAACCUUACCUACGCUAAGUACGGAGAAUUUCCUUGGACUGUUGCGAUAUUUGCAUUAGUGGUGGAGCCAAACCAAGUUCGCCUAGAGCUUGCUGGAGGAGGAUCCCUCAUUCAUCCUAAAUUCGUACUGACGUCAGCGUACACGAAGCAGGAACCACACAAGUUCAUAGCGCGGCUGGGUGAAUGGGACUUGCGAACGGAAGCUGAAAAAUAUGCAUCCCAGGACAUCGAAAUCCAGGAGCACUUGAUACAUCCCAACUACAGAGCCGCUGAUUUGCCCGAAAAUGAUAUUGCCGUUGCUGUGCUAAAGCGCCCUGUAGAGUAUUCUGCACAUAUACGACCCAUAUGUCUGCCCCAGCGAAGUGAUGUUUUCGAUGGCAAACGGUGCAUCGCCACUGGAUGGGGAAAAGAUGUACGAACAAAGAAUUACGCGCCUGUAAUGAAAAGCAUUGAAAUGCCCGUUGUGCCAAGGAAACGUUGUAAGGUGUUACUGCGUGUUGCCACCGCAAACAGUAAUUUUGAACUGUUCGACUAUACCAUCUGCGCUGGAGGUGUGGUAGAUGAGGACACGUGCGAUAAAGAUGGCGGGUCUCCUUUAGCCUGCCCCACGGACGAUGGAUCUUACGUGCUAGCUGGCAUAGUUUCAUGGGGAGCUUCGUGCGGGCUCGCGGAUACUCCUGGUGUUUACGUGAAUGUGGCCAAGUACGUUCCAUGGAUUAAUCAGAAAAUUGGAGAAUAUGAAGAAAUGCAAACGGAUUACUAGUGGAGUAGUUUUACAAAUUGGCGUAGGAGCCUCUAUUAUACUAGAAUUUUUCAUUUGAUUGCAUGUUGCCUAGCUAUAUGAAAAGCAAUAUAAAGAAAACUUUUGAUUUAUGCAUUUUAAGUUCUAUAUGUAGUACAUUUAUGGACAUGUUCAUGCUUUGUGAAAUAAAGCUAGAAUACGUU